GGGCCAAGUCAGUAGCGUUUAUCCCGGUCGUGUAUUCUGGUCACGGGGUUUAAUCAUGACUCGCGUCAGUUAAUUAAAAAAAAAAGUUGCUGCUGGCUCAGAUGCGAGUUUAAAAGAGAGAGAGAGAGUAUGUUCCUGUCUGUGAGCCAGAGUUUGCUUAUCACUGCAACAAAAUAAUAGCGUGGGAGUGAGAGCAGGAGGGAGAGCUGGGCUGCUUCCUCUUCGAUUUUAAAAUUUAAAUCCCUGAUUUUUGUUUUUUUUUUGAGGGGGUGGAUGUUGCUCGCUGGCUUUUUGAAUCAGAAGGAAGCAUUAACUUAGAAUUGUCACCCGAGGGGCUUGUAAUCUGCGGAAGUUGCAGUUUUUGUUUUUCUCUGUUCGCCCCUCUCUCUCUCUCUCUCUACCCCCCUCCCCAUCCCCGGUGUGAGAGGAGCGGGGGGGGGGCAGUCAGCAGCAGCAGCCGCCUUCCCGCACUCGGGAGCCUGGGCUCCAGCCAGCGGGGCUCUCUUUAUCAUCCCCCCCCCUCCCACCCUCCACCACCCUCCCCCCGAGUGAUGCUUUGUGUUGCGUUGUGUGUCCGCAAAUUUUCACAAUCACCAUGAGCAUGGCCAACGACACAUACGCGUUUGUUAAAGACAUUAAACCAGGAAUGAAAAAUUUAAAUGUCAUCUUUAUUGUUCUGGAAAUAGGUCGCGUUACCAAAACUAAAGAUGGACAUGAAGUGAGGUCGUGCAAAGUAGCCGACAAAACUGGCAGCAUCACAAUUUCAGUGUGGGAUGAGGUUGGAGGUCUAAUUCAGCCCGGGGAUAUCAUUCGCUUGACGAGAGGCUAUGCUUCAAUGUGGAAAAACUGCCUAACACUCUAUACCGGGAGAGGUGGCGAUCUUCAAAAAAUAGGAGAGUUUUGUAUGGUAUAUUCAGAAGUACCCAACUUUAGUGAACCAAAUCCAGAAUACCUCAACCAGCUGAACCAAACAAACAAAGUUGCACAAAGUGAACAUAGAAACAAUUCUCCUCCUAGUCAGCUGGCUACAAAUGGACAGAUGCAAGCAGGAAAUGGCUCACAAUGUGGGCCAUUGCAAGGGGGACUUCCCCCAUCAAGCAAUAACCAUCAACAUCAGAACCCUAACUUUGUAGGUGGUGGAAGACCCAAUGGACGGGGACCAAUAAGUCAGCCACCGAUGACUCUAGCGCAAGGAUCUGCAGCAGUGACCACUGUUAGCAAUGGAAGAGACCCACGUAGAGCAUUCAAAAGAUGACGUGCCAAAUGUGUAUAUCGGCCUUGUUCAAACCUACACCCUACUUGAACCCACUCGAUGCACUUUUAUUUUUACAUAACUGAGUUUGUAUGUUUUGUUUUAAUCCUCUUAAUUAAGAUGGGAUUUUGAACUGUAAAACAUUGGCUCAAUAGUUGAGGUGAUUUGCAGUGUUCAAGCUGCACAAACUUAUUUUAUGAGCUGAAAAUGAGUUGUGAAAGUAGAGGUGAUUGUGUUGAGAGCAGUAGGGGAAAAUAAAUUAGGUAAAAUGUCAAUAAAAUUCCAUUAAAUUACUGAUAGCAUGUAGUGAAAGGCAUUCUGUCACCUUACUAUCAUUGGGUGUGUUCAGUUGAAUCUUGUUCAUGUAUUCUGUGCUAAAUUUACAAAGGAGCUAUCUCUCCAACUGGUUUAUCAUAGUGCAGGAAAUUGACAUUAUGCUCCAGUGAGUUUUAAAAAAAAACUGUUUUCCAUUUAAAAUUAACUUCCAAAGCUAAGAACUUGGGUUUCACCUAUAGUCUCUCAUCCCCAGCCAGAGUAGCAGUCUGACUAUCUAAUGGUUUGGUUCUGUGGCUUGAAGGGAGGGUAAAAUAACAGCUUGCUUCCUUCAGGCUGCUGAGCAGUGUCCUGCUGGAGGAGAGCAGGAUGGAGGGUUGGCAUAUUCUAUCUAAUCAUGCUUUACUGUUGAAUAGUUUGCUGCUAAAUUUAAGGAAUAUCACUAAGAACACAAGGUGGCUGGCAUCUGUUAGUGUAUCUGUCUUCAAUCCCUUUUAAUGGUGGAAGAUUCUGAGGAAAUGCCAUUGAAUUCUUUAAAAGCCAUAGGUCAAAUCACAUGCAGAAGUAGUCUGUAAUUGCACUUUUAUUGGGCAUCAGUUGUUGCAUUGACAUCAUGCAGUUUAACAUUGGAUCAGAGCUGACAGUAAGGUUGUCCGUACUGUUGCUACAGAAAUGUUUACUAUUUAUAAAUGUAUAACUGGUUUAGGUCAGAUUUUAACAUGUCUGCUUACAUGCUAGUUUUAAUGAGCACAUGCACCAAUGUGAAUUUUAAUAUCUUAAACCUUAAUGUAUAAGUUUAAGUGAUUUAUUUCUUGCUUCCAGCUGUGUUCUACAAUUUUAAACUAUGAUCUAGGCCUAACUUUAGAUACAUAAUUACACCAUUGCUGCUGUGCUUCCCCCAUUUAAAGAGGGGCGGGGAAGUUAUUCCACUGCCUGAGCCUACGGUUCCAUCUGUGGGACUUGGAUUCUGUGAAUUACCUACCACACUUGCUGCAUUGUGGUGGUGAUGACAAUUCAAAAGUAGUUCAGUGGUGGCCUAAAGAGAGAAAUGGUACUGUGCAAUUUUAAGUUUCUUCUUUUAUACCUAUGUGCACAAUGGUAUACAGCAAACCUAAAGUGUUAUUUUAUUUGUCAGUCUGUACUUCUGGGUGGAUAGGUUUUUCACCCAUAUGCUUUAAAUGCUGUCCCAGUCCCCUUAAAUUUAAAUCAAUACCCGAUGGCUACAUUUAAAUCUAUUAAAGGGAAUUGUAGGUUUGUUAUUACAGAUCAUAUGAUCUGUUAAAGCCAGUGGCUAAUUGAAAAUUUGAAAGAAAUUUAAAAUGCUUUUUUCUGUGUUUAUUGCAAUUCACUAAGUUUAAGGAAAUCUGUUAUGAUAAGCAGAAUUUGAACAAAUUGCUACUGAAUAUCUGUAGUAAUCAGAAGUAGCAACAAUAUCUCAAUUUUUUUUCUGAAGGACCAGAGGAAAGAAUUGCCAAAUAACUAUAUAGAAGAUGGGGAGGUUGGUUGGAUGUUUCUACCCCAUACCCUCUUCCUUGUCUAGCCCUAAGCAACCUCCCCAUCUUCAAUAUAGUGGUUUAGUAAUUCUAAAAUAAUUAGAGAUCUUACCACUUGCUGAGGCAUCUGAAUGAAAUCUUUAGUUUGAAAAUUUUGUAAUAUUUUCCAAAUCAGCUGGUUAGCAAAUAGCAGUUCUUUCCUCUGGUCAAAUCAAAUAUCCCUGAUACUGCUGCCUUUGAUCCUAUUAGUUUUCUUUCCUGGCCCCUCCAUCUAGUACCAGCUCCCUUCUACAUACAGUUAACUUCCAUCAGGGCUAUUAGAUUCUGCACAAUAGUACCAUACAUGGUUGUUUUUGUGACACAAAACACUAAAGUUACUUUGUAGUUGGCCUGGUCUUCCUAGAGCUCCCUGAACUUUGAGAUCAAGGCUUGAGCCUUUCUUGCUGAACGUAUCUCUCCAGCUCACUAAAAGAACUGGAAGCUUUCACUUUUGUAAUGUGUUUAUAAUGUAUUUUUGCUAGUAGUUGAUAACUUUAAAAAAAAAGCCAUGACUUUACAUUUACAAUACAAAUGGGCUUGCUUCCAGGCCUAGCUGUAACUGAUGCAUGGCCUUAGGAAGGCUAGUACAAUGGAUCAAGAGCACUUCAUGAUGCAAUGAGAGCGAUAUAUAUAGCAAGAGUGUUUAUGUCAAUGCCAACUGGUGUGUUUUAUUUUCAGCUGAUGUAUCGAAAUAGUUUUUUAUUGGCUCUGUUUUUUUUUAAAAAAACUUGUUCCUUGACGUUUCUCCCUCUGUUUUAUGGGUGAUGGUUGCUGCCAUUAGAAAUGUUGAAAUGUGCCUUGUACUAUUUUGUUUCUGUAUAUAAUGGGGGGAGUAUUACACCCCAUUCCUAGCUGAGGGUCUUUGGUACUUACCUGGAAAUUUCAAUGUUUCUAACGCUUUACUAGUAAGAAAUCUGCUGACAGUUCAUUACUUCGGCUGUAUCUGCUGUUAAGUUGAAAGUACACUGGCCCUCGGAGGGCCGUAAGUAUAUUCUUGUCGGUAAAUGAAUCCUGAAAGGGUGCAGCUGGUUAUGCAAGAACCAUUAGUUGCUAUCACAUGUUUCUCUUUCGUAUUCUUGUGAAUUUACAAACAUGCAUCAUUUCUUUAAACACUCACCGGCAAUUCUGCACCACAAUGAUUUACUGAGGAAUAGAUUUUCCUUGUCAGUUAUAAUGACGAUGAGCGCGCAAUAGUUAAAAGCUGGCUAACCUGCACAUUCAAUAAAGUUAUCUGAAAUUGCCCGAGCGCGCGUUAGUGUCCAGUUGAGGGGGUUAACCUUUUGGGGUUAAACAGUGCCAGUUGUCGCCGGCAGCUGGCGGUAUUCUGGUUAACAAAUAUUAAACAUUAAUCUUUCCAUUAACACAGUCACCGAGUCAUAGAGCACAACGAGUCGGCGUUGCUGGUAGAAAUUGCUGUGUACGUUUGAGAGCUUACCGAAAAUUGCACCAUUUUUUUGCCAAUACCGCAGGCGAUGCGGCAAUGCAAACGGAACUUCUGAAACACAUUACACAAUAUCCAUAAUCACUGCUUGAUUAAAGGAUGACAUUCUCUUCAUGUCUACUCCUUAACGUUUUCUCCUGGAAUAUUUAAUGAAUGUUUUCAUUUUUUACA